AAGAAUAAAAAUAUGUGAAUUAAUGAAUAAGAAAGAGAUGGAAAGCGAACUUGGCUUCUUGGUUUCUGUUCUGAUCAUAUGUGCAGACAUUACAGCUACAGUCCUCGGGAUUGAAGCUGAGAUUGCUCAGAGCAAGCAGCAGCAACAUCAUCAACAACAUUCAAGACAUACUGGAUGUAGAAGAAAGCCAAGCCCUGGAGCUUUUGCUGAGGGAGUAGCUGCGAUGGUGCUUCUGUCUAUCGUCCAUGUCACAGCCAAUGUGCUUGGUGGCUGCACUUACAUUCGCUCUAAGCAAGAUUUCACGAGAGCUACGGCGAACAAGAUACUCGCAGUAGCUUUACUUGUUUUCUCCUGGAUGUUCUUUGCUGUCAGUUACUCGACGCUGAUGUUAGGAACACUGGCCAACUCGAGUUCUAAUAGAUUCUGCAGCUUGCCUCAUCGUUGGCUCUUUCUUAUUGGAGGCAUAUUUUGUCUAGGACAUGGACUGGUGACUUCAGGAUAUUAUGUUUCAGCCAUCGCUGCUAAGAAAGAAGACAGAGAGAAUGUGCUACCAGCAAAUACAAGCCGCGCAUGACACGCCAAGAUCAAUGUCUUUUCGACACGCAAGUAUGUUUAGCGAUUGUAUCAAAUUAACACAUAAAAAUUGCUUCACUGUUAGUUAAAAACUUGAUUCCAUUGUCAUUAAUAAAUAUUCCAAAAAAAAUGUAACUCUUCAAGAAUCAAUAGAAAGGACA